AUGACCAACAACAAUGUUUACCGUUAUGAUAGUAUCACCGGUUAUGUAGACGCUUAUGAGAAGGUUUCCCCUGUUUUACAAGGUAUGUGCAAUAUCAAAGUAAGCAUCGCUAUCGCAAUCCUCGGAAUAAUCGCAGGAGCUACGGCGGCUCUAUGUUUUGGCGUUCAAUACCAUAAUUAUACAGCUACUACUUUGGCAACUUUCUCCGGAAUAGCCGCAGCAAUGUUACUUUACAUUCAUUUAGCUUAUUUAAAAAGUUGGAUGAUUGAUUGGACUCGAUCUCGCUUUAUUUGCUACAUUUGUGCAGGAUGGGCAGUUUUUUUCAUAGGAGCAAUUGGAAUGAUUAUUUGUCUUAUAGUCGCAGGAGUGCGCCAUCAAACUCUCACUGAAGAAGGUUUACAAGGUGAAAAUUUCUGGAUCACAUCCGUUUGGUUCUUCAUGUUGGCAAAAUGGAGUUCACUGAUAGGAUUGUAUUCUAAACGCUAUAUGAUCGCAACAUCAGUUCCAUUAUCAAAAAGUCCUCCAGUGGAAAUUGUGAAGGAGCAGCCAUAUUUUUAA